AUGAAGGCCCUCCAAGAAUUGCGCUCAAAAAUGACCCGAAAAGAGAUCAAAACGCUUCGAGACUCGCUGGGAAAACAGGGAAUCUCUUGGGAGCAUCAUUUGCACGCGAUGCAGUCUGAAAACGACUGUAAAAUUUUGCAAUUGGAUUGUUUUUCGCUGAAACCGGAUUCUGAGCAUGAAUCCGGAGUCCCCGACGCUAACGGCUGGUACGUGGGAUUCGGUGUACAGUAUAAUGGAGUGGGCGUGGCCGGCGCUGCUGGAGAAACCAGUAGCGAAUCUGAAGACCCAGAAGACGUGGCAGAUGAAGACGACGAGGAGAGCAGCGGAUUCGAUUCGGAUCCAACAACGGAAACCGACGAUGACGUGGCAGGGGAUGCGUCGAGAUUCGGAAGUGACGAUGAUAGUGAUAAGGGACAGAUUAUGUAUGGGCUGGAUGAGGAGUUCUAUGUGACGAGGGGGUUGAAACCGGUUACUGUACGGCUGCAGGACACUGGAAUCGACCAGAAUUUCACGCCGGGAGAGUUUGUAACCACUGCUCGCUUCGAAGUCGAAUCUCGCCGUCACACGGACAACGAAGAAGACGAGGACGCCAAAAAUGAAUACGCCGAUUAUCAAGCGCUGGGCGAUGUCGAAGGCGACGUCUUCGUUGUGACGCAUUCAGAAGACCCGGAAGAGCCACUAGACACCAAUACCAUAAGCUCAGGCCUUUGGUGUAACUUUGUGAUCGCUCCCCAAGGGUUGGAACCCCCAAAAAAGCUGGAAAUUCCGGCGGAAAAGCUGAAAACAAUACCUUUGGACGACGAAAAGCUGGCUCAGAUAUCAGCGGCGAUGGCGGAUUUUAAGCUACCGACGCCGCCAGGAUGGGAGGGUGUUAGUGAUAAGAAGCUGUUGGAUUUUAUCAAUUCUAGAGUUUGA